GCCUCCAUCUCUCCCUCCAAACCCAAAACCCAAAACCCAGAGAAGCUAGAGGUUUCCUCAUUCUCUUCUUCACCGUUAAUCACUGUUCGAGCUUCUUCCACUGCCUUCGUGGAGACCUCCCCAACUAUGAGUAUAAAUGAUGAGUCCCAAUUUAUGGAGGAAAGAGGAGAAGAUGCAACAGCUUGAUUCUAGGUUUGGGAGAAGCACAAGAAAUAUGGCUUUGACAAACUUCAUACUGACAGUGGCUGGUGUAAGUGCUGUAGUUCUUUUAUUGAGGAGUGAUGUGAAACAGUCAGCUACCAUAUUCAGGCGGAACGUCAAACAUAUCCGCAAGUGGCUUGAAGAAGAAUCCAAGGCAGUCCCGAAGGAACUGGAAACAAAGGUUCCGCCAAAGGAUGUUCCCAAGGAGGACAAACACUAGUAUGGACAUGGGCACCCCGAGUGGUUCGCAGGAGUUUUAGUUAUUUUGGGAUCAGUCUUUGGAUUUUAUGUUCAUAAAUUGCUUAUCAUGCUUUUCCUAGUAGUUUUGGGUUUUUAGAUAUACUGAUUGUAACUAGUAACUACCGCGGGAGCUAUAUUUUCCUAAUCUGAGGUACCCUUCUCUAGUCAAGCUUAUCUUUGGAAGAGUGAUAUCCAUGGUUUUGCCACAAUUUGUAUGCCAUCUCCAGUGCACAAGAUUUUUAUUUUUCAAGAUUUGCUUGGUUCUGCAGUAAACUUUCUCCCCAGUUCUAGCUGCAUGUAGUUAUGUGACUGGUAUUGGCAAUAAAAUAUCGAGUUACGUGAGGCACCAAGUGACUUGUUUGCUCUGGUUAUCCAACUUCUUUUCUGUUAAUAGAAUAGCAUGAUCUCAACUGCUUGAACUAACUUGUUGGAACUCUACUUGUAGGAAAAUCAAAUCGUCUGAUUUUGAAAUAGUCUGAUAUCGAAUCCAAUCAGACUAUUCUUUUGGUGUGCAA